ACGCGGCGAAAUCACCAUUCGACGCAUUUUCCCGUGUUAACACAACGGAGUCACCAUGGAUCGAGCAGCUCUAACGUUGUUGUGCCUCUGUGUCCUGGCGCCGUGGGUGCGCUCUAUGAGUGUGAACCAGGAUGGAUUUACGGACAUGGAAACAGUCACAGACGGCGGUGAAGGCGGUUUGGCCAAACUAUUGGAACUCCUUUCUACAAGCGCGAGCGUUGAGGUGAAAGAAGCAGACGACUCUUCAGACGAGGAGCGCGUGGACAUAGCAGACGAGGUAUCAGACGAAAUCAUCAAAGCGCUUGCAGAAGACAUCGAUCUGAAUCUAGAUGAGAUUGUUAAAGGUUGCAGCCAUGGACAGUGCAGUUUCUGUACCCACAACAAGUACCUGAAGGUGUGCGUCAAGGCCGGCUUGGUCAAAUUGGGUUUUCAGUUGAGUGUCACGGUGAACGGCCACACUGUCUACAAAAAGGAAGUGAGUAUCAGGAAUCCCCCGCCAUUCUGUGUCAACAAUAUCCCGUUCCUGAAACACGUGGCAAACUUCUGUAUCCAGAUCUAUGACGUGGACCUCGCGAAGAAGUCUGCGUGCGUCAAGGUCUCGUUCAAGGUCAAGAUAGGUCACUUUGGGAAGAAGAUCUCGCUGAAGGUCGGUUGCUUCAAGAUCCCCCACGCCAUGUUGGAGGGGAUGGACACAGCCGGUGAUUCUGUCGACCAGGACAGUGCUCUACUGUUUACACCAUACCAGAAUAACAAUUAACUUUUAUGAAAGACAAUGGUGAAUCGCAGUACCAUAAAACUGUUUGAUCUUGAUUUUUUUCAUAAUAAUUAUGAAUAAUUGCAAACGAUAUACAAUGUCAAUACUAAAAAAUAAUUGUCAAAAUGUGAUUGCAAAUAAAUUGAUGCAUUGUU